CUCACUGACCAUUUCCAUCCCAACCCCUAAAACCCUCACUAUCCUGGGAAUUCUGGUUUUCCACCCACACAGCCCAUGGGCUUUCACCCCGUCAGUGCAGUUUGUCCGGGCUGUUUCUUCCGCCUGGUGUUCCAUCUCUGCUCCUCCAAGCUCAGAUGUUCUCUCCUCUGGGAUUCCGGAUCUUUUCUAGUCCUUCCUCUCAGACAGAAGGAAUGGCUCCGGGAUUUGUGCCCUGCUUUAAAAAAAAACCACAAAACACAGCUCCAUAUAGCACUUAGUUCUUUGUGACCGGGGGGUUGGGUUAACUCUUUCGUGCCUGCCUGCAAGAGUGCUGGCCCCUGGGGGUGGCAUGGGUGAGUGGCCCGUCACCCAGGACAACUAGCACAGCGCUGCACGGAGUACCCCGGCCCCUGUGCAGCGAGGGGUCUGGUUUAACCCCUAGAGCCCCGGCCCUCUCUAGGUGGCGUCCCCCGUGACUCCUUCCUCUUCCCGACGCUCGGGGUCCCCUUCCCGCCAGGUCCCGACCACCCGAGCCGGCCGGCCUGCGGGGGUUCGCGGGCUCCUCCUCCGGCCUGAGCCCCAGCCCCCUCCCCUGCUCCAACCCCAGGCCCAGCCCCGCGGCUGGGCGGGGCGUCUCGGCAUUGGGCGGGGAGCCGAGGCCCCGGGCUCUUAGGCCGGCCGCGGCUUGCAGAUGCUCGACCCCCGCGGUCGGGCCGGGGCGGACAUGGCAGAGGGCGUGUGAGCCGAAGAGCGAGGGGAGCCACGAUGCCCGGGGGCGCCGGCGCCGCCCGGCUGUGCUUGCUGGCCCUCGCCCUGCAGCCCCUGCGGCCGCUGGCGGUGCGGGAACCCGGGUGGACGACAACAGGAAGUGAAGAAGGCAGCCCCUGGCCACAGCAUGAACUCGUAAUACCUCAGUGGAAGACUUCACAAAGCCCCGUGAGAGAAAAGCAUCCCAUCAAAGCUGAGCUCAGGGUAAUGGCUGAGGGGCGAGAACUGAUCCUGGACCUGGAGAAAAAUGAGCAGAUUUUUGCUCCAGGCUAUACAGAAACCCACUAUACUCCAAAUGGCAACUCUCAAACCACCACUCUGAAAUCUGAGGAUCACUGCUUCUAUCACGGGACGGUGAGGAAGACAGAAAGGUCCAGCGUCACACUCAGCACCUGCCGGGGAAUUAGAGGACUGAUUACAGUGAGCAGUAACCUCAGCUACAUCAUCGAGCCCCUCCCUGACAGCGAGAGCCAACACCUUAUUUACAGAUCUGAACAUCUCAAGCUGCCCCUCGGGAGCUGUGGGAUCCAUCACCCCUCACUCACCACCAGGGACUGGGCUCUUCAGUUUACACACCAGACCAAGAACCGACCUCGCAGGAUGAAAAGGGAAGAUUUAUACUCCAUGAAGUAUGUGGAGCUUUACCUCGUGGCUGAUUAUGCAGAGUUUCAGAAGAAUCGGCGAGACCCGGAUGCCACCAAACAUAAGCUCAUGGAAAUUGCCAACUAUGUUGAUAAGUUUUACCGAUUCUUGAAUAUUCGGAUUGCUCUCGUGGGCUUGGAAGUAUGGACUCAUGAGGAUAAGUGUCAAGUUUCAGAGAAUCCGUACUCCACGCUUAUCUCAUUUCUUAGUUGGAGGCGAAGGCUGCUCACCAGGAAGAAGCACGACAACGCUCAGUUAAUCACGGGCGUGCCCUUCCACGGCACCACCAUCGGCCUGGCCUUCCUCAGGACCAUGUGCUCUGUGCACCAUUCUGGAGGGGUGAGCUCGGUGAGUCCCCGCCACAGGCUCGGCCUGCAGGAGCUACGAAACUGCCUCUCAAGACAGGAGGUCACCUUUGAAAAGAAGGACCACUCUGAUAAUACCAUCGGUGUGGCUGCGACUGUGGCCCACGAAAUGGGCCACAACUUUGGCAUGACCCACGAUUCCGAAGGCUGCUGCUUAGCCAGUCCUGCUGAUGGUGGGUGCAUCAUGGCAGCUGCCACUGGCCACCCCUUUCCCAAAGUGUUCAAUGGAUGCAACAAGAAGGAGCUCGAUAGGUACCUGCAGUCAGGAGGUGGAAUGUGUCUCUCCAACAUGCCGGACACCAGGACGCUUUAUGGAGGCCGGUGGUGUGGGAACGGGUUCCUGGAAGAUGGAGAAGAGUGUGACUGUGGGGAGGAAGAUAGACUCAUGCCCACCCACUGCCCUCAGGAAUGCAACAACCCCUGCUGCAAUGCCUCCAACUGCACCCUGAAGGAAGGGGCAGAGUGUGCCCACGGUGCCUGCUGCCACCAGUGCAAGCUGGUGGCUCCGGGCACCCAGUGCCGUGACCAGGCCCAGCAGUGUGACCUUCCAGAGUUCUGCACGGGCAGGUCUCCCUUCUGCCCCACCAAUUUCUACAUGAUGGACGGGACUCUCUGUGAGGAUGGCCAGGCCUACUGCUACAAUGGCAUGUGCCUCACCUACCGGGAACAGUGCCAGCAGCUGUGGGGCCCUGGAGCCCAGCCUGCCCCGGAUCUCUGCUUUGAGAGGGUGAAUGUGGCCGGAGACGAAUACGGAAACUGUGGGAAAGACAUGCAUGGUCAGAACAAGAAGUGCAGCAUGAGGGAUGCCAAGUGUGGGAAGAUCCAGUGUCAGAGCUCUCGGGAGGUGCCCCUGGAGUCCAAUGCAGUAGCUAUUGAAACCACCAUUGUCAUGAAUGGGAAGAAGAUUCAGUGCCGGGGUACCCAUGUCUACCGAAGUCCUGAAGAGGAUGACAUGCUGGACCCAGGGCUGGUGAUGACUGGGACCAAGUGUGGCUUCAACCACAUCUGCUUUGAGGGACAGUGCAGGAACACCUCCUUCUUUGAAACUGAAGGCUGCGAGAAGAAGUGCAGUGGUCACGGGGUCUGCAACAACAACCAAAACUGCCACUGCUUCCAGGGCUGGGCCCCGCCCUUCUGCAACACGCCCGGCCACGGGGGCAGCAUAGACAGUGGGCCCAUGCCCCCCAAUGGUAUUGGUCCUGUGAUCGCCGGUGUGUUCAGCGCCCUCUUCCUGCUGGCCGUUCUUAUGCUGAUCUACUACUGUAGACAGAACAGAAAGCUGGGCCAGCUCAAGCCCUCUGUCCUCCCUUCCAAGCUGAUACAGCAGUUCAGCUGUCCCUUUAGGGUAUCUCCAAACAGCGGAACUGGCCAUGCCAACCCAACUUUCAAGUUGCAGACUCCCCAGGGCAAGCGAAAGGUGACCAGCACUCCUGAAGCCCUGAGGAAGCCCUCCCAGCCUCCUCCCCGGCCUCCUCCAGACUACCUGCAUGGUGGGUGUUUACCUGCACCACUGUUAGCCCAUCUAAGCAGGACUGAUAGCUCCGCAGGGGCCUCAUCUCAAGUAGAGAGAAAAGAAUCAUCCCGGAGGCCUCCCCCAAACCGGCCUGUGCCCCCAGCACCCAACUCCAUCCUCCCCCAGGAUUUCUCCAGGCCUCGGCCGCCCCAGAAGGCUCUUCCAGCAAACCCGGUGCCCAGCCGCAGGACCUUCGCCAGGCCAGACCCUCAGCAGGCCCAGGCUCUGGUAGCUCCUGCUUCAAAGUUUCCCGAGUACACAUCACAGAGGACUGGGGGGAUGACUAGCUCCAGAAUCUAGACUGGUCUAGAGAUUUCUCACUUUCCUCAACGGCUCUGGAUGCCACAAGGAUCCGUGAGCAACCGGAAGAAGCAUGUCUGGCUGCCUCUGAGCUCCUCCUGUCCUUUUCCUGGAAACACCACAAUUCCCCUCUUGAUUCAGUGCCUCCUCAUGCUCCUCGGAGGCCCAUAGGGACUAUUACCUGAUGGCUUCUAAGUGUUGGUCUGUGCAAUAUACAGCCCAGGUAGGGAGGGGAGCACACAGAAGAGGCUGAGUGGCAGCUUCUCCAUCCACCCUCCCAGCCUAGAGGUCUAAUGGAGAUGGCCAGGACCAUCAGAGCUGGUGAACCACCUGGGAGAUGCUAUGCUCAACCCCUUGGCUGGGGCUUAGCUUGGAGAAGCUGCCUGUUCAGGUCCUAUGGCGGAGGUACACCUGAGGGCUUCUGUUGCUUCUGUCUCCCUCAGAGGCUACAGGCUAGACAGAGACUGGACCCUUACCUUGCCCUUUCAGCUUUUGGGGAUUGAGGAAGGGUCCACCAGAUAUUGCUGUGGUCCUGCCCAGGGUUUGGCUGAGGUGACUGCUCCUGACCAUAUGGCUGCAUGUGACAAGCCAAACCCCCUCCCCACAGCCCCUAUUCACACGAGUCACUCUGACUCAGACAGGUACUAUUUGUAGGCAGUGUAGACAGCAGGGGGAGCACCAAGCCUGGGCCUCCUCUGAGCCAUCAUGCCAAAGGUGAAGUCUUGGUAAUUAUUGGUUUGCUCUUUGUAUUCUUUUCUUUCUCUCCCACUGCUCUGUGAUUCUGUUUUCUCCCUCCCCCUCAGGCCCACUGUAAUGCAUGGUGCUUUGGUGAGUGGACCCUCAACAGUCCUGACUUUAGGGACCAGGUGCUUGUGACCUACGAGUCAGGGUCCUGCCUCAUCUGCUGGCCAUUCAAUUUCCUCCACUGGAUCCCAAGAGUGUUGAGCAGAGUGGACUCAGGGCAUGGCUGUGGGAGUCAUAUCUUUGUGUUCAUUGUGUUCUGUGACCUCAGCAGCGUGAGGGUCUUCCUCCUUACUCCCUGACCUACAUCUAGGGGAGGUCUUCCAGGGAUGGUAGCCCAUGUAGUAAAAGGAACAGAAAUCCUUGGAAGCCCAGCUCUUUAAAAAGUACACACCAGCGAGCCAUCUGUCCCUGAUGGUCUGCUUACUGUCUUAAGGUGGGACCAUUGUCCUCCGAGCAGAGAUGAGAGCUGUUUCUAACCAAAAGAGCCAUCACAGACCCCUUGAGAUGCCAGCCAUCCACAGCCAUGGUGGAGCAGUCUGAACUGGGGACCCCGCUCCUCCUGCUCACCAAGGCUUCUAUUAUUCAUGUCCUUCAGUUCUUUCCUGACCAUCACAGAGAGAGCUCCCAGCAGAUGGAAGACUGGGCUCCAGAGGAUCCUGUCCUGCCUGGAGCCCAGAAGGAGGGCUGUGUGGUGGGCUGCUGGAUAGGAUGGUUUUUGCAAAGCAGCUGAGGAUGGUCUCAGACUGUCCCCAACCCCCAAGAGGUGCUGGGUGGCUCUCCUGAGGUGAGCUGGCCUAACAUGCACUCCUUUGGAUCUUCCAGGGGCCUUCCCACCUCCUACAGGAACAACUAUUUGCUCUUCAAAACCUCAAUACGGGGAGGAGACUGAGCUUUUGACCCCCAUCCCCAGGGCCUCCUUGUAAUAGAUCUUUGCACUCUAGACGCUGAGCUAAGGUUCUUGGGUUUGUGGAUCAGUGGGAUUUGUGGGACACAGGUGCGAGGGAAAACACGGGGUGGGUUUAGAAAGAUCUCAGGAAAAUGCAUUUCCUUCCCUCAGGGUGGUAGUGAUGUUGGGGUCCUGUCUCCCUGGCACAGACCUCCUUGACCCCAUGUCCAGUCCUGACCUUGCUGCCAGGAGACAACCUUUCCUUUAAGUGUGCUGUAGCAAAUGCCCUGUGCCUCAGAGCUGGGUCCCAGGAAAGAUGUCCUCCACCACCCCUUCCCCAUCAACAAGCAAACUGUCCUUAAGCCCAGCCCUGUGCCUCCUCGAAGUCCCUGUGGGCUAUGCAGCCUUUCUGCCUCACAUCAGAAGCAGUGGCUCUGAAGUGCCAAUGCACAGCCAUGGGGGCUGCAUGAGCCUUUUGAACCUGAAAUCCACUGUCCCUAGAACUAUAACAGGAAGUGUCCUGGUUGCUGUUUUCUUGCUUUUUUCCCGCCUCCCCAUUAUUUUAAUACCGCCUCCAUCCCAUGAAAUUAUACUGUGAACUGGAAGAUGGUAGAAUUAUUUGCUCUUGAUGACAACUUCAGCAGCCAGUUCUGUUAACCAUUUCACAGCUGGGUCUGUUCAGGGAGCUGGAAGUCAUUUUUCUGCAGACCAGGGAAGAAGGGUUCCCAUUGCAUCCCCCUUUCCCUCCUCUGCCAAUGUGCUGCUGUAAGGUGUUGCUGUUGAGACAUAGGGAAACGGACUUUAUUCCAAAGGAUUAUUGCAAGGAGGGGAAUGAAAAUACUGCCCUAGGGAGAGGAGGGGGACUACUGCAAUAAGAGGAAUACACAGACCCUUCGUCAAAUCUGCAAGGAUUCUCAAGCCCAGGCAGAAAAGGCCUUUUCUUUUAUUGGAAGGAAUUAGCUCAGCUAGAAAAAAAACUGCAUCCAGGGCAUGUCUGCGUGUCCAGCCUUUUUUGGGAAGGGACUCUCUGUUAAAAGACAUGUUUUUGGCUCAGGCUGACUGUGGGUACAAGCCCACCAUCUGGUGGGGAGGAGGGAAGCUUAACUGAAGUUUGGUCUGUUGAGUUAACCAGUAGUUUGCUGGAGAAAAACAUUGUAAAUCUUUUUAGAAGCUACAUGGUUCCUCCUGCCAGUUUUACAACACUGGAAUAUUUUUUAGGGGCCCGAAGCCAUUGCUGAAAUGUAAGCCUCAGGGAGAUAGAGCCCCAUCUCUGCCUCUGUGGGAGGUUUAGCCUGGGCCCCCAGCUCUGUGUUGCAACUACUUGUUUGCCUUAGAUUCCUUUUGGCCUUGUUGACUUUUAUGGUUAAGACUUGGCUCUUACAGAGCUUAUGGUCUUAAUGUUUUCUGCAUUACAAUGGUCCCCUCUCUUACUGCAGUAUCUCCUAGCUGCUUGCAAUAAUCCUUUUUAAUGAAGUCUCCUCUUAGGUGUGACCUAAUUUAUUCUUAUUUGACAGAAGGUAUGGAAGACUUUUAAGAAUUGGGGACCAGUUCUAAAAUCAAUAAUUGUGUUAAAUGCAUGGUAACAGCUCUGCUGUACACCUAAGCGAGCCAGGGAAAUGGCAACUGGAAAGGUUUCCCAUCUCUAGAGAGGCCUGAGAUGGAGCGGCUCUGCAGAAUCCAAAGCCAAUGCCACCACCCCUAAGCCACCCUCUAGCAUCCUCUUGUGCCACCCGUUUUGUGUACGUGUCUGGGAUUCAGGGCAAUGUGAAUUUUCUUUUUAUUUGAGAGAGAUCCUUCAUGGAUUACAGAUCCUCUUCUCUCUUGUCCACCUAUUGUUUACAAAUAUUUGUACAUCUAUGCAAAAUACUUGAAUGGGCCAUGGUGCCUUUUUCCCUUGUUUGUAUUUAAUUAAAAUGAAUUGUUUGUCAUUUGAAAUGUUA